AUGAACAACCUUACUUUCACAACCACUUUUAUACUACUGGAAUUCUCAAACAUCCAAGACCUUCUGAUUUUAUACUUCUGUGUAUUCUUAGCACUAUACUUGAUAACAAUGAUAGGGAAUCUUCUCAUCAUUAUUAUAGUUUCCCUUGAUCAUAAAUUACACACCCCUAUGUACUUCUUUCUGAUGAAUCUGGCCAUUCUGGACAUGGGGACAGUUUCAGUCAUGGUACCCAAAUCCAUGGCUAUGUUCCUCGUGAAAAAAAGGACAAUUUCUUAUUUUGAAUGUGUUGCUCAAGUUUUCUUUUUUCUCUUCUUUGCGGCAACAGAUUUUUCUGUCCUAAUUAUUAUGGCACAUGAUCGCUGCAUUGCCAUUUGCAACCCCCUCCAGUAUGAGAGGAUCAUGCACAAAGGAGCCUGUCUACAGAUGGUCACCAUUGGGUGGAGUAUCGGUCUUCUUUAUGCCAUUUUACAUACUGGUGGCACAUUUGCAAACACCUUUUGCUCUAAUAUUGUCCAUCAGUUCUUCUGUGAAGUCCCACAGUUAAUUAAGCUCUCCUGCUCUGAUAUUUAUCUGGUGGAAGUUGGGCUUAUUGUACUGAGCUCUAGUACAGUAGUGGCAUCCUGUGUUUUUAUUAUCAUAACAUACAUGCAGAUUUUUGCUGCAGUGCUCAAAAUCCCCUCUGUACAUGGAAAAAGAAAAGCUCUCUCCACUUGUCUUCCCCACCUCAUUGUUGUCUCUGUGUUUGUAUUCAGUGCAGUUUUUGCCUAUGCAAGGCCUCUCACUAAUGUGUCCUCUGAUCUGGAUAUAGCUUUUGCAGUGAUAUAUGCUAUGAUUCCUCCCAUGUUGAAUCCAUUCAUCUACAGCAUGAGAAACAAAGAGAUCAAGGCUGCUUUGUCAAAAAUAUUUUGA